AUGGAAAAGCUCUACAAAGAAAAUGAAGGAAAGCCAGAAAACAAAGGAAACCUGGGAAAUGAGGGCAAGCAAGAAGAUGAAGUAGAGCCGGAAGAGGAAGGAAAGUCAGAAGGGGAAAAGCCAGGAGUGGAGGGGAAGCUAGAAUACCAGGGGGAGCUAGAUGAUGAGGGAGGUCCAGGUGAUGAGGGACAGCCAGAGGGAAAGACAGAGAAGCAAGGAAAGCCAGGAGAUGAGGGGAAGCCACAAGGGGAGGGCAAGCUGAAGCCUGAGCAAAAGCCAGAGAGUGAGCUCCGGGCCGCCGAAAAGCGCCCUGCUGAAGAUUACGUGCCCCGGAAAGCAAAAAGAAAAACGGACAGGGGUACGGAUGAUUCCCCCAGGGACUAUCAGGAGGACUUACACGAAAGGCACUUGAGCAGUGAGGAGAUGAUGAGAGAAUGUGGUGAUAUGUCCAGGGCUCAGGAAGAGCUAAGGAAAAAACAGAAAAUGGGUGGUUUUCAUUGGAUGCAAAGAGAUGUCCAGGAUCCAUUCCCCCAAAGGGGCCAGCGGGGAGUCCGAGGAGUGAGGGGUGGAGGUAGGGGCCAGAGGGGCUUAGAUGAUGUCCCAUACCUUUAA